AUGUAAAAUAGAGAUGAGAUGAUAAAACAGUUAUAGAAUCUACAAGACCCCUAUGUACUGCAACGUCAGAGGUAAUAGGAUGUCAAAAGGAAAUACGAGUAAUUGUUGGCAUAAGUCAAUUUGAUGUAUGACGAGGAUGGAAAGGAGCGUCAAUAUUCAGUUGAUUUUCAGAGAUUCAUUCAUUUCUAUAAAUAUCUGGCUCGUCGACCAGACAGCGAAUAGUCCAAUUAAUCAGUGAUAAACAGGUUAUAAUUAUGGGUACCUGACACGAUAGUGCUGAAUGAUAGAGAAAUGCCGAAUUAUUGGUUAUAUUCAGAUUCAAGAGGUUACGUAUUUAGAACAGAUACCUUUACAUCCAAAAAAAUGUUAUUAGCAAAUUGGCCAAUUACACAUCCCCCCGAUGAACUUGUAGCAGUGGUUAAAAAACAAUAGUUUCGCAACAUGGAAUUAGUUAGGCAAUGA